GCGCGGCCUCGGCGGCGGCUCCGACUCGCACUCCCGCGCCGCCGCCGCCGCCAGCGCCGCCACUCCGGCCCAGCUCCCGCCGCGGCCCCUCGCCUCGUCCCUGCCGGCCGGCCCGGGGACGCGCAGGGGGCAGGGCGGGCGCCCCAGCGAAGCCCGAGAGACGCGCGCGCGGGGCCCUCGGUGGACUCCACGGCCGCCAACAUCUGGGCGCAGCGCGGGCCACCGCUGGUCGCCGCGCGGCCGCCUCGCCUUGGGGACCGUAGGAGGCGCAGCCCCGAGGCCGGAGACUUCGUUUCGGGACCAGCCCCCCGGGAUGCGGUAGCGGCCGCUGUGCGGAGGCCGCCGAGCAGCUGCAGCCGCCGCCGCCGCCGCGCAGAUCCACGCUGGCUCCGUGCGCCAUGGUCACCCACAGCAAGUUUCCCGCCGCCGGGAUGAGCCGCCCCCUGGACACCAGCCUGCGCCUCAAGACCUUCAGCUCCAAGAGCGAGUACCAGCUGGUGGUGAACGCAGUGCGCAAGCUGCAGGAGAGCGGCUUCUACUGGAGCGCCGUGACGGGCGGCGAGGCGAACCUGCUGCUCAGCGCCGAGCCCGCCGGCACCUUCCUCAUCCGCGACAGCUCGGACCAGCGCCACUUCUUCACGCUCAGCGUCAAGACCCAGUCGGGGACCAAGAACCUGCGCAUCCAGUGCGAGGGGGGCAGCUUUUCGCUGCAGAGCGACCCCCGGAGCACGCAGCCGGUGCCCCGCUUCGACUGCGUGCUCAAGCUGGUGCACCACUACAUGCCGCCCCCCGGCGCCCCCGCCUUGCCCCCUCCACCCGCCGAACCCUCCUCCGAGGUGCCGGAGCAGCCGCCGGCCCAGCCGCUGGCGGGGAGUCCCCCCAGGAGAGCCUAUUACAUCUACUCGGGGGGCGAGAAGAUCCCUCUGGUGUUGAGCCGGCCCCUCUCCUCCAACGUGGCCACUCUCCAACAUCUCUGUCGGAAGACUGUCAACGGCCACCUGGACUCCUAUGAGAAAGUCACCCAGCUGCCUGGGCCCAUUCGGGAAUUCCUGGACCAGUACGAUGCCCCUCUUUAAAGCGCAAAGGGCAGGGGUCGGGGAGAGGAGCCUGGGUCCCCUCUCCCCCGUGGCACAUGACACAAGCACAAGAAUCCAGCCGUGAGAGUCCUGCAGCUCUGGGGGGAGCCGGGGAGGGGGGGGUGGACAGGCCCCUCCCUUCCGCCUCCCCCCCCCCCCCCCCGCAGAAUGGGGACGGCGGGACCUGGAAUGUGUCUGAGGGAAGGGGGGGGCGGCCACCUGAGCGCCCCGCCCCCACGCCAGCGUCUCCGGAGGAGCCCGCUGGCCCGGUAGGGACAGCUAUGACGACAGCAGUGGUCUCUAAUCCUCCUCUCCGCUUCCUCAACUCCCCCUGCAUUUCCAAACAGGGGACACUGCAGGAGCGUUGAACUAGUGAGAACUGCCGGGGAGUCUUCAAACUUUCCAACGGAACUUGUUUGCUCUUUGAUUUGGUUUAAAACGUAGCUUUAAACCUGAACAGGUCUCCGGCCUGGAAGAGGGUGGAGGAGAGGGCGCCCCCAGGGGCCUCAGGGCUGCAGGCUGGCCUCGGAAAUGGCUCCUCCCACCGUCCGCCCCAGGUGAGGAGGGCGGCUGCAUGCUCCUCCCCCCCGCCCCGGCUCUGGGGGUUAAGGUCAAGGGGUGACCUGAAGGGGGCUGUUCUGUCUCCCUCUCUGGGACAGCCACCAGGAACACAGGUCCCAGAGUCCAUCGGGUGCCCGAGAGCCCUGGGCCCUUCCCUCGUUUUAAGGGGGGAGUGGCCUUCGGGGGGGAGGGGGGAGGCAUGGGCUGGUCAGUCGUUCUGUACCCGGGGGUUGGGAGGAGGGUGGAAAAGAUAGCCAUCUUUGACCCCAGAUCUCCGACACCGAGACGAGGGGUUCUACUUUGGGCCUCCUGUCUGGCUAGGAGAUUUGCCUUAAAUGCUCCCUGUCCCAUGGAUAGGGACUGGCACACAAGAAGCCACACACUCAGCCUAUCCAGGCAGAGGCCAAGGGAUCCUCGGAGGGCAAGCUGCUGGCCACUCAGCGUGGGGAGGGGGGGGGGGCGGGGAGCGGCAGGCGGAGACGGAGGGGGGCGGAGAUCCACGCCUUCCAGCCCAGUCCUGGAAGAAGGCGAGCCCAGUUGGUAUUGGCCAGUCCCAGGUGCCUCAGGGUGCCUGGGCUUCGGCAGAGCUGAGCCACCAGGUCCCACAGACCCCCCACCCCCCACCAGGCCCUGCACAGCCCUCACCUGGGGGUGGGGUGGGGGGAGGGCACAGGCAGGAAGUCAUUGAGAGACUGGGGCCCCUGCCACCCCAGCUGCCAGCUGCUCCCUCUCUGCAAUAGCACUGAUCAGUGAAAACUUAACAGGAAUGUAGCAGCGAUGGAAUUAUCUGGAACUGUUCUUUUUGGGGAAAACUAAAACACAAAAGUUUUCUGUGUCAGGUAUGGGGCUGGAUGGGGCAGCUGUGUGUUGGGGUGUUUUGGUUUUUUUUUUUUUCCUGUUAUUUUGUUUUUGUUUUUUAAUAAUGUUUACAAUCUGCCUCAAUCACUCUGUCUUUUAUAAAGAUUCCACCUCCAGUCCUCUCCCUUCCCCCACCCAGGCCUUCGAGGCUGUUAGGAGAUGCUUGAAGAACUCAACAAAAUACCAACCCAACUCAAACUUUGCACAUAUUUAUAUUUAUAUUCAAAAAAGAAACAUUUCAGUAAUUUAUAAUAAAGAGCACUAUUUUUUAAUGAAAA